UUUAAAAUGAUGGGAACAACUGGAAAGUUUAUUAUUGAAAAAUUACCGGACAAUCCGGAGGAAUUAUUGAGAAAAAUAAUCCAAGACUGCAUGGAUCAAACCGUAGAGGAAUCAAAGAAACAGGCAAUUAAUCCUGACCGACUAGGCGCAAUAAUUUCUUCACAGUUACUUGAUAAUGAUAUUUGGAUACCAAUUAGAAAGCUAGAAAAAGAUACAACAGACAACAUAUUAACAAGAUUUCAACUUGUUUCACAAUCUAAGAUAGAAAGGGGAUCACUUCAUGGUCACCCCUUCACAAUAAAAAUCCAGACGCUGGGUAUUUCAUCACUUCCAACACACCAGUCGAUUAGAGGACGUGCACCACAAGACAAUGCAACUGAUGAACAACUUAUGCUUAUUCUAUGCUUUGGAAAUUACUAA